AUGGAUGACUUCGACAAACGGCCGUCGAGAAGCUGGCAAAGGCCAUGCAACGGUCUGUGGCACAUUCAUCCCGGAAGUUUCUGGAGUGGCCACAAAAUCUAUGCGUUGCACCAUAACGAUUCGUAUCAUCCAGAUCUGUUCCGCUUCGACCCCGAUAGAUGGCUCAACAAGGACACAGCUGCCAGAACCAAGACUACCUGGGCACCUUCCUCGCAUGGGGCAAGAAACUGCAUUGGUCUGAAUCUUGCCAUGAACGAAGUGCUUCUGGCUAUGGCCACGGUCUUGUGGCAUGGGAAUUUCCGCACCGCUGGAGAUAAGAACCUUGCAGCUAUUGGGGAGGGUCGUGCUGAUUUCGGGCCUGGUAGGCAUCGUAAAGGCGAGUUCCAGACUUUUGAUACAUUCGGCACGUCGACAGAUGAUCCUUACUCGCAGUUUAAAAGGAGGGCAACGAACUGA